UUUAUAAAGGCCAGCCAACAGGCAAAAAGAAGAAGAAAAUAAAAAUAUGCAAGUGGAUUUAGCGGGGUUUGAUUCUAGGUGCCUCAAUUAAAUAUGGCACAAUCGCAAUGUGCAGUAUAUAACUAAUGCCUUGGUGCCAGUGAAGGGUCGUAUGUUACAUGUAAAUAUUGUUGAAUCUGAAAAGUUUUAAAUUUUAUUUUAAAAUAAACACGUCUGAUUUUAGGAGUGCAGUAACUUUUAAUUAGUAAACCACUGUUGGUAGGUUAUGCCUGUUGAAGAUUUGUGUGUGAUAGCUUUAUUAAAAAUUGUGACUUCCAGGCUCUGAAGAUAUGGCAAUGAAUCACUCAUCGCUUAUUCGUACAGCUGUGUUAAAGUCCAACAUAGAAGAACUUCAGUCUCUAUUGGACGUCGGAAAAGAAGAAAUUGAUGUGGUCUGUGGCAUCAAGCGAACCCCUCUACACUGGGCUGUGUGGGUAGAGUUCGAACAAGGUGUGGCUCUACUGUUGGAAAGAGGGGCCCAAGUUAAUAUGCGAGAUGUAAGACAGCAGACACCCUUGCACUUGAGCUGCAUCGUUAAAAGUAAAAAUAUAGUUAGUGCUCUUCUAGAAAACGGAGCUGAGUUAAAUUGUACAGAUAUGGAUGGGAUGUCUCCUCUUCAUUUGGCAUUGACAUAUAAUUUUGAGGAAGGUUUUGAAUUACUGCUUACUAGAGGAGCUAACAUUAACACCAAAGACACAAGAGGGAAUACACCUCUAUACGAUGCUGUGAGGGGAAAGUUUGACCGGGGUGUGACUAUGCUGUUAGAAAGAGGGGCCCAAGUUAAUGUGCGAGAUGUAAGACAGCAGACACCCUUGCACUUGAGCUGCAUAAUUAAAAGGAAAAAUAUAGUUAGUGCUCUUCUAGAAAACGGAGCUGAGUUAAAUUGUACAGAUAUGGAUGGGAUGUCACCUCUUCAUUUGGCAUUGAAAUAUAAUUUUAAGGAAGGUUUUGAAUUGCUGCUUACUAGAGGAGCUAACUGUAACACCAUGGACAAUAGAGGGAACACACCUUUAUCUGAUGCUGUGUCGGACAAUUUUGAACAGGGUGUAACUAUGCUGUUAGAAAGAGGGGCCCAAGUUAAUGUGCGAGAUGUAAGACAGCAGACACCCUUGCACUUGAGCUGCAUCGUUAAAAGUAAAAAUAUAGUUAGUGCUCUUCUAGAAAACGGAGCUGAGUUAAAUUGUACAGAUAUGGAUGGGAUGUCUCCUCUUCAUUUGGCAUUGAGAUAUAAUUUUAAGGAAGGUUUUGAAUUUCUGCUUACUAGAGGAGCUAACUGUAACAUCAUGGACAAUAACGGGAACACACCUUUAUCUUAUGCUGUGUCGGACAAUUUUGAACAGGGUGUCACUAUGCUGUUAGAAAGAGGAGCCCAAGUUAAUGUGCGAGAUGUAAGACGGCAGACACCCUUGCACUUGAGCUGCAUCGUUAAAAGUAAAAAUAUAGUUAGUGCUCUUCUAGAAAAAGGAGCUGAGUUAAAUUGUACAGAUAUGGAUGGGAUGUCUCCUCUUCAUUUGGCAUUGAGGUAUAAUUUUGUGGAAGGUUUUGAAUUACUGCUUACUAGAGGAGCUAACUGUAACACCAUGGACAAUAGAGGGAACACACCUUUAACCGAUGCUUUGUCGGACAAUUUUGAACAAGGUGUAACUAUGCUGUUGGAGAGAGGGGCUCAAGUUAAUGUGCGUGAUGGGAGUCUACAGACACCCUUGCACUGGAGCUGCAUGAUAACAAGUAAAAAUAUGAUGAGAGCUCUUCUAGCAAAAGGAGCCGAGGUAAAUUGUAUGGAUAAGCAUGGCAUGUCUCCUCUUCAUUUGGCAGUGACAACUAAUUUUAAGGAAGGUUUAGAAUUACUGCUUACUAAAGGAGCUGACUUGAACACCAAAGACAAAAGGGGUAAUACACCUUUACAUUCUGCUACUGAUAAUAAGAACCUGGAGAUAGUACAGAUGUUGUUAACUAAUGGAGCCAAACUGAACCUUAAGAACGACGAUGGUAAAAGACCUUUACACAUAGCUGCCACAAGAACUCAGAAGUCUAUUGUAAGAUUGUUGUUACUGUACGGUGCCCAGGUUGAUGCCAAGGAUCACGGAGGUAGUACACCUUUACACCUGAUUCUCCAGGAACUGAACAACAGUGAGAACGAUGUUGUUGAGGAUUUACUUGACUGGGGGGCGUCGCUGAUUGUCAGAAAUAAGAGGGGACACACACCUUUGAACAAAGCGGCCAUGCAAUCGGUUCCUGUCUAUGGUUUGAUUAAACACCUUAAUAAAUUGCAGUUUGUUAAUUUACAACUCGCUUAUAAGGCAAGUUACACGUGUUCCACCCCCUAUUAUCGAGAGAGCUACAAAACAUCGUGCUCAGAAGAAUUGACAAAGUUGAAAACAACCAGAUUUGGCACUCAAUCCCUAUUUGAUGUGUUUUCCAAAUAUAAAGACCCUACAUUUGUAUCAAAUGGUAAAAUGCGUGAAGCUAUAUACUCGUCUGAUUUUGAAACAGACUUCCCUUUGUACGCUGUCCUCUUGAGAGCAAUGUUCAAACAUGCUGAGAAACGCGUUCAAUUGUUAAAUAAUGCUCAGGAUGUUUUUAUUCACCUGGUCGGAGUACACUUACCCCAUGAAAUUUCAAGAAAAAUUUUCUCCCACUUGUCUAAUGAAGAUAUUGUGAAUGUAACAAUAACUGCUGGGAAUUGCGUUUAGGACUUUAAGAAAAAGAUUAUAUGUGAAGAUGUCAGAGGUGAAUGUUUCCAGCUACGACAGUUAGGUAGAUUGUCGUAAUUUGUAGGUUUUUUAACUUUUUUACAUUUAUACGAUACGUCUGAUUCGUAUGUCGUAUUAUAUGGAUAAACAUUGUUUAUAUUUAAUCGUUUAGUAUGUUUUAACAGCCUUAACAAACACUAUGGAGCCUGCUCUAGAAGUUGUAGUGCGAGGAGUAGUGAUUCUUUCGAAGGUUUUUCCUGCUGUUGUACACUUUUGUCAGGACAAGUUUUAGUGUUGUGGCAAAAUUCAAACGAGGAAUAUUUGGUUUUAUAUUGGCACGAGGUGUAUGCAAAUCAAUUUAAGAAUAAGGAAUAUUGUAAGAUAGAUAAAAUUCUCUUAUGGAAUUUCUUGUAGGAAAAAAUAUAUAUCCAAUUAAUGCGGAAAAUGUUAACAUUAGCAUGUUAGAUGAAUAUAAGGAAACAUAAGAUUUAAAGAAAAUUCUAAAUCGCCAUGGAAUUGAAUUUCGUAAUUACUUACCCAACGGGUGAUACAAAAUUUUAAAUGCUGUAUUGACAAUUUCUUUAGAAAUAUUAAUGAUAAACCUGAAAUCAAAGUCUUAGAAAUCAUACAUCCCUGUCUGAUCAUGGUGGAUAAAUUCUCGAGCUCUUACAAACACAAAUGAAAACUAAACGAACCUUUUCCUUUGUAGUGAGUAAAAUUUCAACUCAAAAUAUGACACUUAAAAUCUCUAUUGGGUAAAGAAGAUUGGCUUCUGGUUUUUUUGCUGUCCGGUUAAUGAGAUGUAUGACUUUUAACAGUAUUUUAAGAUAUUAUUGAAAUGUGUUUUACUCUUAUACAAAUUAAAUAAGAAUUAGACUUGGAAUACAGCGGAUUUAAAUGGUAUAAAAAUAAACAACUUUCCGUAGUAAACUUUCAAGAUACACUCAGCCUGUCAACCCUAAAAAUGAAGUUAAAAUAUAAGCAAUUAAAUUUAAAGCUAGUAAACUGUAAACAAAAUUAUUUUAAUGCCAAAAUCAUAAAUAUAGAAAAAAUAUGAAUAAGACCACAAGGCAAAUUAUUAAUAAUGAAACUAAAAGGAAUGGUAGUAAAUGUGAAGGGAAUCUUGUCCUAAAAAUCAAAGAUUGCAAUUAUUUAUCAUUACCAUCUCCUUUAAUUAUUAUUUUUUUAAUGUGAAAAAUGCACCGUUAAAAGAUCUUUCUUCAAGUCCAUUGGAUUCAGUUUUGAGAAUAACAAUACAACUUAUGUACAAUUUUAAUGUUCGCCAUUUACUGAAUUUGAAUUGAAACAAAAACUCGAAUCCCCUAAAACUAUUGUCAAAUUGAUAUUAUAAAAAACUAAUUUAAUUGAUCGAGUCUACAAAGCACUUGUUAAUAAAAUCACUACUGCAUUUAGUUAAUUCUGCUCUCAUUUCCUGAUAAAUUAAAAAUUUCAAUGUUUUUCCGAUCUACAAAAAGUUAACUGUAGCAGAAAUUCAGAAUGAUAGUCCCAUUUCAGUUUCACCAUCAGUUUAAAAAAUAUUUGAAAGAACAAUGUAUAAGAGAAUAGUUACCUCUGGAGGUAAAUAAUCUUUACGCCCAGAAAUAACAUGGAUUUCGGAAAAUAUAAAUCUUAAAAAACUGCAUUGUUAGAGUUUAUUAAAUCUAUAAUAUAGACAAUAGACAAAAAUGAAAAUAUUACAGAGAUAUUCGUAUUCAUGGACCCAUAAAAAGCUUUUGACAGCAUAUUCCAUGACAUUUUACUAAAUUGUAACAUGUAUUCAUACCUUUCUAACAGAAAAUAAUAUACAUAGAGAUAUCUCACACAUAAAAUAACAAAUUAUAAAAAUUUCAAUGCAGCGUAUAAAUAGUGAAAAAUGAAAUAGUCCUAUGGUAUAUUUUAGUCCAUUGUUAUUUAUAUGCUAUAUAAAAGACAUGCCAAAUUACCUUAGUAACCUAGAAAACAGCAAAAACCAGCCCUGUCUAUUUGCAGGUAACAAAACUUAUCAUAUCUGGCAAAAAAGAAGAUGAAUUACGUGUAAUAUCGUAUUUUAGAAAUUACAACAUUGUGUCAUUAAGAUUAGUUAUAAAUGCUGAUAAAAUUAACUUUAUUUCUUUUAGCACGAAACAAGAUAGGAAAAACCGUUAAAAAAAGUUUAAAUCAUGUUUAUUGCACAAAUGUUCUAGGUCUAACCAUAAACAUCAACUGAAUAACUGAAUGAAGGGGAACUUGGGUCAGGUGGGAUUUUUAUAUUGACCAGGUUAUUAAUAAAAUCAUAUCUGGGUUGUAUGUUAUUAUUAUUAAACGACUUUUAUGUAUAUUUAUUAUUUAUUUAUUUAUAUACAAUAUCAAUUUUGAAGAUGGUUUUCCAUGCCCAUGUUCAACCUCAUAUUACGUACAGAAUGGAAGUGUUUGGGGGUCCACAAACCAAAUUUAAAGAAAAUUCUUACUGUACAAAAGAAAUGACUGUAAAUAAUGAUGGAUAUGAAGAGGGACGAAUCAGUUAAAAAUCAUUUCACUGAACUCAAUAUUUUUAGAGUGCAUGAGUUUUAAAUUCUACAAAGUCAAGACUCACUAAUUUAUUUUCGUAAUUAAUUAUGAAACCAUAUAUAAUACUAGAAAUAAGAAUAAAGUAAUAAUACCUACAUAUAAUUAAGUAUAUUAUACGAAGAAAAAUUCUUAUACUGGGAUACAUUGUUUGAAUCAAUCCAAGAAAUAAUAUUAAGAGUUGAUAACAUGUAGGUAUUUAAAUAUUGCUAAACAAUUACUGAAAUUAAAAAGCUUUUAUUCAUUUGAAGAAUUUUAUUUGAUAUCAUGAAUUAUUUACACUGUGUUAUAAUAUUAUAAUUUUUUUAUCUAAAUUGUAUUUUGUUUUAAUUUUUAUAAGAAGCUGUGUUCUUAAUUUUAAAAGAAAUGAUCAAUACUGCAAGUAGUUUUAAUUUUGAUAGUCAAUUUAGAAUAAAACAGCAACUUAACAGUUAAUUUUUACUAUACAAUUAGAAUAAUUUUGACAUUAUGUGACGUAGUUUUAAUGACACUUUAUUGUACCUAUGUGCAUAAUAUGUAAUUAAAGAUAUUUUGACUUUGAAAAGCAAAAAUAUAUGUUCUGAGAUUUUAGUAGUUGCUAUAGAAGUUUUCAGCUUAUAAGCCCAGUGGAGCUCAGAGGCCCUGAUUUUUUAAAUAAAAACUGUUUAAGUGAGCUUUGUUGUUGGUACACGUCUUAGUAAUUGAUUUAGUUCCUGUUUUACAAAUUUCUUUUUGACACUAAAAACUGUAACUCAAUAGCUAUUGCUAUUAAAAAUGCCAGGCUUUAAGUCAGGUUUUAGCCAUUUCAUAGUGAGCUUAAGAGUUAAGGUAAAAAUAUACAACAAAAUAUUUGCAUGUGUAUUUUUUGUGGUUUUAAUAGGCUGGUUUUAAAAUGAGGGGACAAUAGAUAAAGCAACAUCCUCAUUUUAGGGUCAUUAUAGACCAACUUGUAUGAAUACGUUAUAAAUUGUGUAACAAAACAGUUAGUUCGGGUUAACGAAUAACCCGACGAUAAAUGUUAAUACUGCUUUAGGUAUUAAUUUGCUUAAUUUUCACUAUUAUAAUUUUUUUUUAUUUUGUCUGUAUUUGAAAAACAUUUUAUGUACACAAUAAAUUUUUUACUUUUG